AAUGAGUGUUGCAACAAAGGGUUUGGUUGAAUUUGUAAAUCCAUGUAAUAAAAAAUAUACCUAUUUAGAUAAAUUACCAAAAUUUGUUAAACAAGUUCAUUUAUAAAUGAAAGAAAUUGAGGGUAGAUAACCAUUUGGUUAAGGAUUAUACCAUUGUAACAAUUAUGAGAAUCUAAUUAAAAGAAUGGCUAAUACUAGAUAACAAUAUAGAUAAUCACUAUAAAUAGAAACAAGAAAAUAAUUAGCAUAAAAUGAAUAUUAAGCAUGGUCAGAUUAUAUUAAGGAACGUACACUAGAAUUACCAGUAUAGCAUUAAGUAUCUGGAAAAUAAUUAAAUGAAUUGAGAAGAUCAUAUGAAGUUUUUAUUGCUAAAGGAGAAAAUGGUUUAAGACCAUCUGAAUUACUCAAUGUUUUCAAUGUAUUUGAAUAAUUAAAUAAAAGGAUUACACAAGAGUUAAUUAAUUUACAAUACCAGUCGAUAAUUGGUGUGUGUUGUAAAUGGUACAUUAUAAUAUGGGUUAUCCAAUGAAUAUGAAUAGAUUAUUAACAUUUGAAGAAAUAGCUAAUUUAGUUUAAACAAAAGUUUUAGCAACUUAUGAAAGAUCUCUUGGUUAAGAUCUAUUAUUUAGAGAGAUUUGUUCAUAUGGUUAUUGGAACUUAUUUGAUUAAAGUAAAGGAUAUAUGAGUAUAAAAGAGUUUAGUAAUUUUGUAAAAGUACAAAUAAUUUUUGUUAAAUGAUAGAUAUUUAAGUUUAAUGUUGAGCCAACAUUAGGAGGAAUACUAAAAGAGUUUGGAUUUGCAGCAAAUCUAUUUUAAGGUGAAUUUGUAAAAGAAAUAGAUCCAAAAGAAGACAUAGUGAGAUUCGAUUUCUUCAGAUAUUUAUUUUUAGAGAGAAAUUUAUGA